AUGAAUAUGUUGGAUGAUGAAGAUGACCAAAGCUUUCACGCUACGCGUGACGGCUACUCCCAUUUGAGCGAUGUCGAAUGGGAUGCGGUUGAACGAAUGGGUUCGACCAUGGGCAUCCAUGCUGUUAGCGUCAUGCUAGAGGCUCUCAAUAGAGAUGCCCAACAUGCUACUAUCGCCAAGUUCAUUCAAAAUGAACUUGACGCAGAACGCGAGAAAGUAGCCUUGCUUCACCAACAAGGUUCUCAACAAGCAGAGUUGUUGAGAGAACAAGGUGCUCAACAGUUUGAACUGUUGAGACAGCAGCAGGCUGCUGCUGGCGGGUCGAUGCACUCGCGUCGGCCCGAGACUUUGAAGAUUGACAUCUCAAAGGCGCGUCGCAUCGACGACGGGGAUAUGCAAGUUGCAUUUGCCCAGUCAAAUCUGGCAGGACGUGCCAAGACUUGGGCACUGGGGCUCAAGCUGCACGACCCAUACGCGUUUGGGUCGUUGGAAGUCUUCAAGUCGCGGCUCAGACAAACGUUUGAACCGCCUAGAGCUGAGUUCAGAGCUCGAACCGAACUCUUGAAGCUCAAGCAGGGUAAGCGUGAUGUGCACGCUUACGCUCAACAUAUACGACAUCUCACGAGUUGUAUAAGUUCCAAUCCGGUGGAUGAACACACGUUGGUUUCGGUGUUCAUGCAGGGUCUUGCGGAUGGUCCCGUCAAGACUCACCUGUUCCGGCUUGAACUAGAUUCACUAGAACAAGCCAUUUCAAUUGCGGAGCAGGAAGACUUCAGUCUGAGACAGGCUCGCGCCAGCUCGACAUCAUAUCGUCAACCGAGACGAUGA